AUGCCAGUAUUUGAUAAAAAAUUAAAACAAGGAGAUACUGACUGGAGAAGUAGUGAAAAUUUAUUGGCAAUAAAAUGGAAAGAUCGGCGGGAUGUUGUGAUGCUGACCAGUAUGCAUGAAAAUAGAAUGGUUACUUUGCCGAAAAUAAAUCGAUCUACAUAUGAAAAUGUAAUAAAGCCGUUAUGUGUUCUGGAAUACAACCGUCAAAUGGGAGCUGUCGACAGAUCAGAUAUGAUGCUGAGUAGCGUAGAUUGCACUCGAAAAUGUCUGAAAUGGUAUAAGAAGUUAUUUUUCCAUUCGAUUGACAUAACAUUGCUAAACGCACAUGCAAUGUUUUCCACAAGACAUACUAAGAAGACUUCAUUCGCCAAUUUUCAUCUAGCGGUUAUUGCUCAACUUAUAGAAAGGUAUGGCAUAGUAAAAUCUAUACAUUGCGAUUUGGGCAAUGCCAGGCUUCAGAAUAGACACUUUCCGGUGUCAGUUCCACGAAAACCAGGCAGUACUAAGGUUGGAUCCAGAAGAUGUUGGGUUUGUUCCCAUACAAAGCAGAAGCAAGCAAAAAGAAAAGAGUCCAGCUAUAUGUGCCCAGAAUGUGACGUUGGAUUAUGCGUGGUCCCUUGCUUCAAAAUAUAUCACACAGAGGCUACUUUUUAA